UUUUGACGUAACAAACAAGGCUAUAUAAAUUUUUUAAUGUUUUUCUUCUAGGCUUCGUUGGACUAUGGUCCGAGCAAAAAAAGUUUACAGACAUUUCUGUUGUACCACCAAUGACUUUGCUUCCAUCACCAUUUCCCAUGGAACUCUUUCAAAAGGCCACAUCUGUUCAGUCUACUCUAAACGAGCUUUAUUAUCGUAUAUCAUUGGAUUAUGACUUUUUAAUUGAGGCAUAUCGUGAAGUUGUUAAAGCUGACAAAUGGGUUGGACGACAGGUAGAGAUGAUGAAGCUGGUUCAUGCUGAAGGUAUACGCCAGAAAUUUGUGCUUCAAGUUCAGCGAGCUGACUAUAUGACGCAUUGUGAGGAUGGUCAGAAGAUUGAGUUGAAGCAGAUCGAAGUAAACUUUGGACCCGGCGGAGUAGGAUUUGCUCCCAAAGUGGCAAAAUUACAUAAGAAAAUGAUCGAGAAGGUUGAGAAUUUACAUGGGUGUACUCCUAACUCAAUGAGCGAAGCGGCACUUCCAAAAGCGAAAAAAAUCGCUGAAGCUCUUUUCCAAGCAUGGAAAGUAUUUGGGGAUGCUAAAGCAAUUGUUGUACUGGUGUUUGAUUCGAAUUUAUACCCGAUCCAGCAUCAUGAACAGUUGCAAUUCGUACAAUUCGAAUUAGAAAAAAUAGCAAGAAAUGCCGGAUCUAUUUUAAAUACAUCGAAAAUGACACUUGAAGAAUGUGCCGAAAGAAUGCAUCUUAAUGAGUCUGAUUACUCUUUAAUGGUCGGAGAGAAUAAACGAGUUGCAGUGGUCUACAUGGUAUACGGCUACUUACCCGAGCAUUAUACUAGUGAGAAAGAAUGGAAUUGUCAAUUGAACAUGGAACGCUCAACUGCCAUAAUUUCCCCGAACAUUAGAAGCCAGCUGAGCGGAACAAAAAAAGUUCAGCAGUUACUUGCAAAGCCAGGCAUGCUUGAACGGUUCUUGGCAGAUAGGCCUAAAAAGAUUGCUGAACUUAGAAGUACAUUCACCGGAAUAUGGAGCCUUGAAGGAAAUGAUUCGUUUACUCAAGCACUUGUCACUGAUGCAAUUAACAGUCCUCAAAACUACGUACUUAAAGCACUACGUGACGACGGCGUGGGAAAUUUUUUCGAUGAGAAACUUGCUGAAAUGCUACAAACUAUGUCAGUUCAAGACAGGAGUGCGUUCAUUUUGCAGCAAAAAAUUCGCCCAAUUGCUGUUAAGGCAGGGAAACUUUAA